AUGCUAGCUAAGCCAACGCCCGGGAUUCCUUUAAUUCUUUACUUGGCGGUCACUGAGGCGGCGGUAAGCACGGUUUUGCUUAAAGAAGAAAAGAAGCAGCAUAAAAUCAUAUACUUUGUUAGUCACACGCUGCAAGGGGCAGAAGCGCGGUACCAGAAAAUAGAAAAGGCGGCUCUAGCAAUACUAAAGACGGCCAGGCGACUUCGGCCAUACUUUCAGAGUUUCCAAAUAAAGGUCAAGACAGACAUUCCCUUGAGGCAAGUUUUGCAAAAGCCUGAUUUAUCAGGGCGAUUGGUGAGUUGGUCGGUCGAACUGUCGGAAUAUGACAUUAGCUAUGAACCAAGAGGACAAGUCACGAUUCAGAGUCUGAUUGACUUUGUAGCAGAGUUAACACCCACAGAAGGUGAUAAAGAAAAUGCAGAAUGGGUACUUUCGGUGGAUGGCUCGUCCAAUGAAUCAGGAAGUGGUGCAGGCGUGUCGAUCGAAAGUCCGGACAAAAUGCUGAUUGAACAAUCACUUAAGUUUGGAUUCAGGGCGAGCAACAAUCGGUACGAAUAUGAAGCAUUAAUAGCCGGUUUGAGACUCGCCAUUGAAUUGGGAGUGCAAAAACUGUAUAUAAAGGGCGACUCUCAAUUGGUAGUAAAGCAAGUGCGUGGUGAAUACCAAGUGAAGGACCCACAAUUGUCCAAAUACCUAGAAAUUGUUCAAAGGCUUAUGCAGGCGAUUGGACAUGUAAGGAUCGAGCACAUACCAAGAAGUGAAAACGAGCGUGCGGAUGCAUUGGCUAAGCUAGCCAGCACUGGGCGACUCGGAAACUACCAAACUGUAAUACAAGAAGUUUUGCCCCAUCCAAGUACAGACAUGGUAGAGUUCAAAGUGGCGAAGGCUAUAGGAAAUGGAGAACCAUCUUGGAUGGAUCCAAUCAUUGAAUUCUUAAGUCAACAACCGCAAGAUGAAAGCAAAAACACCAAGGAAAGAAGGCGCGAGGCUAGCUUUUAUAAUUUUGUUGGUGGACAGUUGUAUAGGCGGGGAAUUAUGUCUCCAAUGCUUAAAUGCGUGGAUACCGCCAAAUCUCAAGAAAUAAUGGCUGAGGUUCAUGAGGGAGUAUGCUCAAGCCACAUUGGGGGGCGGUCUUUGGCCGUAAAAGUUCUUAGGGUGGGCUUCUAUCGGCCAACCAUCAAGAAAGAUUGCAUGGAGUACGUGAAAAAGUGUUCAAAGUGUCAAGUCUUUGCUGAUAUACACAGGGCACCACCAGAGCAACUCACAACGAUGACCGCCCCGUGGCCCUUCGCCAUGUGGGGAACGGAUAUUUUGGGACCCUUUCCAAGGGCAAAGGCUCAAAUGAAGUUCAUCGUGGUAGCAGUGGAUUAUUUCACCAAGUGGAUAGAAGCCGAGGCACUCGCCACAAUCACGGCUGCCAAGGUGCGAAACUUCUUGUGGAGGCGUGUUGUGUGCCGUUUUGGAGUCCCAAUGGCAUUAGUUAUGGAUAAUGGCACUCAAUUUACCAGCGCACUAACAAGGGACUUCUGUGCUGACCUUGGGAUUGACAUGCGGUUCACUUCGGUUGAACACCCUCAGACGAACGGCCAGGCUGAGGCGGCAAACAAGGUCAUAUUAAACUGA